AUGUUUGGUUCCCUGCUUCGACCGAAGCUGCGGCGUGGCCAGACGGAGCACUCCCCGUUCUCCGCGUCGCCCUGGUUUCGCGCACACCAAAGACGACAAGCCGACGAGAGCAGCGACGAUGCGCCAGAGCUGCAAGGAAUCGACGAGGAUAUGGACGAGGACUGGGAGGAGGAAGAGGAUGGGCCCAUGGAGUCGACACCACUCCUACCCAUGUUCUCCGCGUCACAUCUGGACGCGCUGCCUGUCUACAACAUCACCCACGCGAUUCGUCCUCUGAUUGCCUCUCGAUGCGAAACCACAUUAACAUGGGACCAGCUCCGGUCGCCCCAGGUGUCCCAGUUCCUGAUCAAGCCGAUCCUGCAAAAGAUCAUGUCCGCGCACUUCUCGCGCGCGACGCUCUAUGCGCUGAUGGCCAAUUGUCUACAAUUCGAGAAGGAGAUGCAUUCCAAUCCGGGGAAUAGCGGAGCAAACCAGACCCGCGCAAUGGUCAGUGAAUUACUGGCUAUCAAGGUGCUGAGGGAAUAUUCGACCCGUGAACUGCUCGACGCGCUGUCCUACGAGUUCCAUCCAUUGCAGGGCCAGGACCCUGACACGACGCCCACGAGACCAACAAGAAAGGUGGUGACGGCACGUGUCUCGUGUCUGGAGGUUGCAAUUCGCGCGCAGGCAAAACGCUUCUUGGCACAUCCUGUGGUAGUGCAGCAGUUGGAAGCUAUCUGGGCCGGCACGGUGGUGUUCCAUUCGGCAGCAGAUAAUCUGCAUCGCCGUGAGCCGGCAGCACAAUCGGGGAAUCUCGACUACGGAACUUCCAUGGAUCGGAAUGGGAGCAUUCCGACGGAACACAGCAAUGGCACACUCAGGCGCUCAGUGACACUUUACAAUCCGCGUGAUGCAUCAUUAUUCAAGUUGUCGCGCUUGAGGGUGCCGCGCUAUCGACAAUUCCUGUCGACCCUCUCGUUUGCUGUUCUUUUGUGGUUGUUUUUGGCCGUUUUGAAUCAACGCAGUCGCAGAAUCACGACUCUUGAGAUCGUGUUCUGGUUUUGGAGUGCCGGGUUCAUGCUCGAUGAAGUGGUCGGGUUCAAUGAACAAGGCUUCAGCCUUUAUUUGAUGAGUUUUUGGAAUCUCUUCGAUCUGGGAAUUCUACUGCUGCUUUUCGCCUACUAUUGUUUGCGCAUUUAUGGCACGUUCUUGACCUACCCUCGAGGUCAUUUUGUUUCCGAGAAAGCUUUUGAUGUUCUUGCAGCCACAGCACCUUUGCUGUUUCCGAGACUGUUCUCUAUCUUAGAUCACUACCGCUACUUUUCCCAACUAUUGAUUGCAUUCCGAAUCAUGGCAUCUGAUCUCAUCGCCGUUUUUGUCCUCAUUGUCAUCUCCUGCUCCGGCUUUUUCGUUGCAUUCCUCAAUUUUGGAGACAACAAAUCCCCGAAGGAAAUUGCUUAUGGCUUGUUCCAAAUGCUGAUGGGCUUUACCCCAACCGCAUGGUCGAUGUGGGACGAGUACAAUUUCCUGGGGAAGACGAUUCUGACAGUCUUCCUGUUCAUUUGUCACUUUGUCGUUGUCACCAUCCUCAUUACUGUCCUGACCAACUCGUUCAUGCGAAUUGUUCAGAAUGCCGAUCAAGAGCACCAAUUCUUAUUCGCCGUCAACACCAUCUCAAUGGUGAAGUCGGAUGCCCUGUUUUCAUAUGUGGCACCAACGAACGUAAUCGCCUGGCUCGUUGCACCAUUCCGAUGGGCAAUGCCUUUCCGUGAUUUCAUUCGCCUGAAUCGCACCAUCAUCAAGAUCACUCACUUGCCCAUCUUGUUCACAAUCUGCCUCUAUGAGAAAGUCAUUCUCAGUGCUCGUGUUGUUCAGCCAAUGGAUCUGAUCGAGUCCGCUUCUCCAACCAAGGACCUUGACCGGGCCAAACAAUGGCCAGCUGGUAGACUACGAGGCUUCAGCGCCAGGGCAUCACGCCUUGUGCGCGAGCCAUCCGUGGCAACUUACCAGAAGGAUCGAGCGUUGGAAGAGGUGUUCCGAAGACCAUUUGACGAUCGGACACGAGGACGACCGGACACUAUCCAUGAGCACCAAACGAACAAUGUCAUCAAGGACUGGAUGCAGGAGGUUGGCUCUGGGCCCGCCAAUGGUCCCGACGAUGACGAUUCCGCAGUUGUCGAUCGUCUCGAAAUGCGACUGCGCCGGCCAAGUCUGCCUUUCAAGGCCAGAUUGACUCGCCCCCGCAAUUUCACAGAAACCACACGUUCGGUGGCGUCAAACCCUGAAGACCGGACAAGUCGUGUCGUCAGUCCUGCUGUCCGGCCUCGGGGAUCACGACUCUCUAUCUCGCCGGAUCAGAGAAGGCAAAUGUCACAUCAUACAGAUAUGGAGGGUGACGACGAGUUGACCAGCAACGAUGGCGAGUCAGCUGAUGAGAAGAACUCGGCUCCAGAGUCUGCAAGCGACACAGCCGACCAGUCUGAAGGCUCACACAAGCGGUCUCCCAGGUUCUACAGCUCUCGCCCAUCUACCGCCAGGGUUAUCUCGCGUCGCAACAGCCCAACGCGUCGCCCCAGGCACAAUCGCAAUCCCUCCGGUGUCACCAUGCUGUACAACCCCGUAGGAUCUCCAAACGAGGAAACAGAAGGUCGAGCCACACCCACUCGACCAGAUACCGACUCAUCCGACGGAGACAACCUCCCUCUCGUAUCUACCUCGGUAGACCAGGGUACCAUGAAGCGACAUGUUCUAGGCAUGUCCCGCUCCCGGAGGAGCCAGCUCGGCCUGAACCACAUGUCCGUUCCUGAAGUGGACAGCGUUUACCUUUCAGAUCGACCCGCUGGCAAACGCCCCCGCGCUUCCCUCCUCUUCGACCUCGGCUCUGAUCUCGGCGACAACAGAGCAGUGGCGGGUGGCUUCGCAGGCGCCAUUCCAUCUAGCUUCCAAACCCAAAUGGGCUUCGCCGCAGCUGGCCUCCGUCGCGACGCUCCAAAUCAGACCCAAGACAUGCUGAGCAAGUUGGUUCUUGCACGCAUGAACAAUAUCGAAGAAGGUUUCCGCGAGGUCAUCAAGGAGGUCAAGGACCUCCGUCGCAGCGAGUCCAGUCGCAGUCCGAGCCACUCCGAUGAGCCUCGUGGUACGCGUGAGAAGAAGAGACGCGAAAAGAAUACGAAGAAACGGAGCGUCAAGUCGAACGCGAGUCCCUCCAAGCCAGAUAGUCCCGGUAAGGGAUCUUCGCCGUCUGUUUAA